GACAGGUCCCCAUGGAUGCACCUGGGUGUCCGUCCAUGAUGCCCGCACUCACUCAGUCGGGGUCUACCAUGAGUCGGCAGGCCCGGCGAAUAUACGUCGGAGGAAUCCCUUUCAAGACCACCGAGGAUGAGCUAAUGGAGACUUUCAAUUACCAAAUGAAGGUCAAUGGAUACAACCAGGCUGAGGGGAAUCCAAUUAUUGCCGUACAAGUCAAUAUUGAGAAAAACUAUGCCUUUCUCGAGUUCAGAUCUGCUGAAGAGACCACUGCGGCUUUGGCUUUUGAUGGGAUCACUUUGAGAGGCCAAUGUCUCAAACUACGUCGACCACGAGAUUACCUACAGAACACCGGACUGCCAGAAAUAGAAGGAAUUCUUGGUUGA